GAUUAUUAUUCUCAUUUCAAUUAUUUAUUUAUUAAGGUGGAAGCUUUUAGUUUGAUUGGGAGAAAACUGUUGGAUGCCUUGUGUUUCUGUGCCAAACCAGUGUUGUGCAUGGAGGGUUCCCUUUUUAGGGAAGGAGACAGGGUUGAUCAGAUGCUAUUUUUUGUGCAAGGUAAACUACAGAUCUUCAACACUAGCAACAGUGAUAGCAAAGUUUACCUACAAGGUGGUGAUUUUUGUGGAGAGGAACUUGUACAAUGGGUUCAGGAUCCCAAGUCAUUACACCUUCCUAAAUUCAGCAGAACCGUUCGAGCCAUUUCCAAGGUGGAAGCCUUUUCAUUAGAGUCUAGUGACUUGAAACGCAAUUGGGAGGCUGUACGCAAACAAGCAGCUGCUCGUGUUAUAUCAGCCUUGCGCAAGAGGUUUCAGGAAGGGAAGCAUUCACCGGCCUUGAGGGAAGCAAAGUCUACCAUUCCUUAGGAAAUCUAUGUUGCGUUUUAGGUGACCAUUUGGGAUGUUCUUGUCUCUACAUAUAAUAAACUACAUGAAAGCUGUAGUUGGUGUUGUCAUUCAUAGCAUAGAAUAAGUCUCCUAAGAGAACAUUUCAAGUAGGAAGUUCAUGGCAUGAGACCAUUUGUUUUGGACAUCAUUAGAGCCUCAUCAGUUCUCUUUCUAAGUAUUGAAGAUUUGUGGUCUUACUCAAUGAGGCUGUUUUGCAACAUCACUUGCAAGUUGCAACCAUAUAUAUAGAAAAGUAAGAAAAUGUAUCCUUUGUU